GUUAACCAUUAUCGGGCAACAUUAUCUCAGCAAACAAUUAACAACUGUCUAAUAUAAUUCUCUCUACUUUUUUAUAACCCGCAUUUUCACUCCAUUCAUUCCUAACCAUGCUUCACGGGAUCAGUGUCCGAAACCCUCCGUCAAAAUUCUUCGUCAAAAAAAUUAUCAAUUUCAGAAAAUGUAGCUCCUUUUCGACUAAACUCAGCUACAAACACCACCUAGGUGAAGAACCUCUGCGUCACAUCACAAUCGGAACACUAUUGGAAGAGUCAGAAUCGAAAUUCGGCGACCGAAACGCUGUCAUAUCGCGAGACCAAAAAAAAUCUUUGACUUUCAGCCAAGUCUUAGUCGAAGCUGAUAAGUUAGCAGCUGGUUUGAAAUCCCUCGGCCUGGAAAAAAAUGACCGUGUGGGGAUUUGGGCGCCAAAUUUGGUAGAAUGGUACGUCACGAAAAUGGCUUGUGCGAGAGCAGGCCUAAUCAUGGUGGGUCUAAAUCCCGCCUACCAACCAACCGAGAUGGAGUAUUGCAUCAACAAAGUAAAAAUAAAAGCGCUAGUGUGUGCAGACAAAUUUAGAAAACAAGACUUUUACGAGCAUUUGGUGACUUUGGCGCCCGAGUUACCGAAGACUGAACCCGGAAAGCUGAGAAAUAGUAGAAUUCCGUCGCUCCAAACGGUAAUUACGACGAGCGAAGACACGAAAAAAGGUACGUACAACUUCAACGAGGUACAAGACUUUGGUACUAACGAUGGUGUUGCCAAUAUUAAGAAGUAUCAGAGUUGUAUCAGUCCUGAUGAUCCGUGUAACUUACAAUUUACUUCAGGUACCACCGGGAAACCCAAAGCCGCCCUAACCUCUCACUUUAUGUACGUCAAUAAUGGUUACUACGUUGGAAAACGGAACGAAUUGGGUCGUAAGCACCACACUAUUUGUGUCCAAGUACCACUGUUCCACGCCUAUGGCACUAUUAUCACAGUCAUGGCAGCACUAAACCACGGCAGCACUUUAGUACUACCAACCGCGGGCUACAACCCCGAUAAAAGUCUGGACGCCAUCAAAGAAGAGAAAUGUACCAUCAUCCACGGUACUCCAACCAUGUACGUAGAUCUAGUCCACAGACAAGAAGAGCGCAAAGAAGACAUCUCCCCUGAAAUCGCGUUAUCAGGAGGGGCGUUGUGCGCACCCCACUUAUUCAAAAAAAUGUUAACAGUACUGAACGUGAAAAAAGUCAAAUCAGUUUAUGGUCUCACAGAAACGACUGCUGUUGUAUUCCAUUCGUUGUGGGGCGAAUCUGAAGUAAAAGCCGUGUCGACGGUGGGACACGUCGGCGAACACCUUGAGGUCAAAAUCGUCGACAAAGACAACAAUGUGGUACCGUGUGGUACGGCUGGCGAGUUGUGUGUUAGAGGUUAUUGCACGAUGUUAGGCUAUUGGGACGAUGUAGACAAAACCAAAGAAAUGAUAGGGGACGACAUGUGGUUGAAAACGGGUGAUCAGUUUAUUUUAGAAGAAAACGGCUACGGGAGAGUCGUUGGAAGGCUCAAAGAGAUGAUCAUCCGAGGCGGGGAAAAUAUCUUCCCGAAAGAGAUUGAAGAGUUCUUAAAUUCGCAUCCGCACGUUUUGGAAACACAAGUGAUCGGUCUACCCCACGAAAGACUGGGUGAAGAGGUGUGCGCUUGCAUUCGAGUCAAACCAGGCACGACUUUAACUCAAGAGGACGUGAAAGAAUUUUGCAGAGGAAAAUUGUCGCACUUCAAGGUACCAUCGAAGAUCAAAAUCUUGGAGCAGUUUCCGAAGACGACGUCGGGGAAAAUCCAGAAGUUUAAGCUGCUGCAGACUGUCCUUGAUUCCUCAUGACGAACAAUUAUAGCCAUUCCUAAGAGACUUUUUUAUUGUUUAUAUUCAGUUUUGUACUUUGAAAUCCAUAUCUAGUAAAUGAAAAAAUAGAACCACGAAUAA